ACGUCACACAAUAUGCCCUGGAACCAGUGGAGGGGGUCUAUAGCAAGCUUGCAGGUGUUGACCCACAUGUCAUUUAUCAUUAAUACGCCAACCUAAUUUGUUCGUUUUCAAACGAGGACCAGGUAUGAUGGCAAACAGGGGACUCAAGUUCUUGCGAGGAGGAGUGCGUCUUGCAAAUACAGCACGGGAGCUUGAGCGACAUGCUACGAAAGGAUUGAAGAUAUUGUUAAGUCAUCGGUUUGAUGCCUGUGCGUCGGCGAGAUUAUUCCAUCAGCCUAAACGAUUCCAGCAUGUACAAUCCACGGAAAUUCUUUGUGACGGCAUUCAAGUGCAGAGUGUGGAAAUGGACGCCAAGAACUACCAGUUGGCCGUUAGGAUGUCUGAUGGAAAAACCCACCGGUUCCCCAAUGUCUACCUCCGAGACCACUGCCCAUGUCCUAUCUGCUGGAAUGAACUGUCACAGACCACGCAGCGCAGCAUCUUAGACCAGGAGGUGAACAUACAACCUGCCAACGUUAAGGUUGCACCAGACGGAAACGCAAUUGCAGUCACAUGGCCUGAUGGUCACGUGAGCCCUUACGGAGGUGAUUGGUUGCAUGAGAGGAGUUUCCAUGAAGAUGUACGUGAAAAGAGGUUGCAAAAUAUUCGCGAAAAACAUCAAUUCUGGGGCAGAGAAAGGCAGGAUGAUUUGGGCAACUUCGAAUGGGACGAGUUGAUAAGCAACGAUGGCGCAUUUCUUAACUGGCUCCUGGAUAUCAAGAAGUAUGGGCUUGUUCUCAUAAAGAACGCUCCAUCAGAGCUUGAGGCGAUCAACAUGAUUGGUGCCAAGGUGGCCCACUUCAGACAAAAUCACCACGGGGCUACAUACACUGUUCGAAAUAAGAAUGACAGUAACACUAGUGACCUUGCGUACACAAGCGUUGAAUUAGAACUUCACGCAGACCUUGUAUAUUACGACCACGUGCCCGGGAUCCUACUCCUGCACUGUCUCGAUAAUACGGCCACCGGUGGUGAAGGUACAUACUCUGACGCAUCGUAUGCGGCCAUGCAACUCAAGAGAUUGCGGCCAGACAUGUUUAAGGUGCUUACAGAGACGCUGGUCGAUUUUAAAGACGUUUGUGAUGAGCAUGUAGUUUACAGAGCAGACAAAAGGUCCAGACAUCCAGUCAUCAAACUUGACGAGAAUGGAGAUGUUGCUGCUGUGCAUUUCAACCACUGUGCUCUGGACAGCUUGAUGACUAUACCGUUAGACAAGGUGAAACUUUGGUACGAAGCUUUUCGGAUGCUGGCCGACAUUUUGGUUAAACCCGAAAAUCUGGUGCAAUAUCGACUGAGGAAAGGUGACAUUAUAGCAUUCGACAACUACAAAGUCCUCCAUGGUCGCAGGAAGAUCGAAUCAGACGGCGAGAGGUAUCUCCAUGGAGCUGUCCUCGACUGGGAUACGGUCAACUCAAGGAUAAGAGUCUUAAGAAAGGAACUCGGCAUCAAAGAACAGUGAUCGAAGUGUGGCGCCCGCCUUUCCUAAACCUUAGGAAUUAAGUACAUUUACAGACAGAUCAAAUGAAGUAACGUCCUCUUGAAAAAUCUUGUUAACUCACAACGGCGGUGCUCGAUUGAAAAAUAAAUUUGUUGAAUAAGUUUCUUCA